CGCAACCAGCGUCGCGUUUCCGAGAAGAGCAGGCCAACAACGUCAACGACAUCCGCUUCAAACUCGUCGAGGUAACAAUGGCCGAUGAACAGAGAGACCCGAACCAGAUACGGGUGUCCCGUGCGCAGCUGCUCGCCUACCUGUCUUUCUUACAACAAGCACAGCUGCCGGACUUCGUUCAAGCAGUAAAUAUCAACAUCAAUCAUGGCAUCGGAGAGGGCGGCGGCGGCGGCGAAGCGUACAGCAAUGGCGGGUUCGGUGCUGUCCCGGCCUCCAGUGAAGCCAUCGCCGCGCUGAUGGAGACGACGGUGGGUGAGACGAAGGAGAAGGCAUGCGCGGUUUUAGAGGAUUUCGAGGAGGGUGAGAGGCUCAAGAGGACGCCUUGCUCCCAUGGAUUCCACGCGAGCUGCAUCUCCGAGUGGCUUAGGCUCAGCCGCCUCUGCCCGCAUUGCCGUUUUGCUCUGCCUGCUCAGAAGGAUUCCGAACAGAAAGGCGCAACCGAGGCGUGAGAUCGAGAUGAAUCUAUAUAUUUAAGUUUAGUGCAGUUUUGCUGCAUAUUGUAAUCACAAAAUGCAAUUGGUAUGGUGUAUUAGAAGUUUAGAGUGCCUUACAAAUUUGAUGCAAAAUUUUUGUUCAUGCAAGGUAGUUAUUUUCAUUUUUUCAGUACGCCAAUGCAUGAAGAGCUGAACACGGAGACUCAUCCGAACUUUAACAUGAUUCCUCUAAACAGUAU